GGCCGGGCGGGCGGGGAGGAGGAGGGAGCGGAAAGGUGACCGGGCGGGUGAGGUCGCGGGCGCGGCACUCCGUGGGUCGUGAGCGGCGUGGGAGCGAUGCUGCGGCCGGCGGCGCGCGGCGCCUGGAACCUGAACCAGAGGCGGGACAUCUCCUCCUGGCUAGCCCGGUGGUUCCCCAAAACCCCAGCCAAGUCUGUGGUGGCCCUGAAAACACCCAUCAAGGUGGAGCUGGUAGCUGGGAAAACCUACAGGUGGUGUGUGUGUGGCCACAGCAAGAAACAGCCCUUCUGCGAUGGCUCCCAUUUCUUCCAACGCACUGGCUUAUCCCCACUCAAGUUCAAGGCCCAGGAGACCCGCACUGUGGCACUUUGUACCUGCAAAGCCACCCAGAAGCCCCCGUACUGCGAUGGGACCCACAGGAGUGAGCGGGUGCAGAAGGCAGAAGUGGGCUCCCCACUGUGAGAGGGUGGCCUUGGCCCGGGCCUGAUGGGAAGCCCUUUGUGCUGAGCGCAAGAAGGGAUCACCAAAAGACCCCCGCACCCACAGCUGGCUUGUGAAGGAAUUGAUCCUGGUAACCUGAGGCCCCAGUCUGGGGCAGCUGGGAGUGGGCCCCUAGUUCAGCACCCACCGGUGGUGAAGACAGCAUUAAACAAGCAUGUCCACCCAGA